CGCGCUUCCUCUUCACUCGGCGGUUAGAGAAAAUGAGCAUUUCCUGUCACGAACUUCCGGAAGUUGUCUCGUGGGUUUCUGAGCUCUGAAAGUCGGGAACUUCUUCGCACCCAGGAGGCUGCACCUGGCGGUUCUAAGGCCGUCACCAUGCCACAAAAUGAAUAUAUUGAAUUACACCGUAAACGCUAUGGGUACCGUUUGGAUUACCAUGAGAAAAAGAGAAAAAAGGAAAGUCGGGAGGCUCAUGAACGUUCAAAGAAAGCAAAAAAGAUGAUUGGUCUGAAGGCCAAGCUCUACCAUAAGCAGCGCCAUGCUGAGAAAAUACAGAUGAAAAAGACUAUCAAGAUGCAUGAGAAGAGAAACACGAAACAAAAGAAUGAUGAAAAGACUCCCAAGGGAGCAGUGCCUGCCUAUCUGCUAGACAGAGAAGGACAGUCCCGAGCUAAAGUACUUUCCAACAUGAUUAAACAAAAACGCAAAGAGAAGGCGGGAAAAUGGGAAGUCCCUCUGCCUAAAGUUCGUGCCCAGGGAGAAACAGAAGUAUUAAAAGUUAUUCGGACAGGGAAAAGAAAAAAGAAGGCAUGGAAGAGGAUGGUUACCAAAGUCUGCUUUGUUGGAGAUGGCUUUACAAGAAAACCACCUAAAUAUGAAAGAUUCAUUAGACCAAUGGGCUUACGUUUUAAGAAGGCCCAUGUAACACAUCCAGAACUGAAAGCCACCUUCUGUCUGCCAAUACUUGGUGUAAAAAAGAAUCCAUCAUCCCCAUUAUACACAACUCUGGGUGUAAUUACUAAAGGUACUGUCAUUGAGGUGAAUGUGAGCGAGCUGGGCCUUGUGACGCAAGGAGGCAAGGUUAUUUGGGGGAAAUAUGCCCAGGUUACCAACAAUCCUGAAAAUGAUGGAUGCAUAAAUGCAGUCUUACUUGUUUGAUAACAGUAACUCCUAAUCAUUAUUGAAGACUACAAACUAAGUGGGAAAACUGUCUUUACUAUGAUUUUUCUGAAUACUUCCAAAUAGCCUUCAUGUCUGCAGUCAGCAAGAGAAUUAUUUUAAGGUGUAAAAAACAUUAAAAAGAUGCACUUUUACUGACUGUUCUUUAUUGGAGUCUGCUUAAGGUUUACAUGUUAAUAAAAUGUGAAUAAUUAAAGCAAAAAGAUGUCCUGCUUCAUCAUUUAUCUGCGUUAAUGAUUUGGUAUUCAGCAAUGCAGAUUUGUCUUUACUGGAAAAAGCACCAGAAUUAUUGCAAGCACUUCAUAAAGGUCAGUGUGUACUUCAAAUGGGAACCUGGGCUAGGAAACUUUGUUAUAUCUAAGACAUUAAGUCUCUUCCAUCUCACUUUUCAUCAUUACAUCUAAUACAUGUAGCAUAAUACAUGUAGCAUUAAGAAAUGGUAAUGUUCAAGUUUAUAAAAUACUUAUACUAAAAAGUACGUAGAAAAGGCACACUGCAGUAAGUAGAAAAAGUUCAAAACUCAAAAGAUCUCAACUAGAAUUAAUCUUUAAUUUCUUUGUAUAGUAAGGGUAUUUAAACUGUUUUUCUCAUAUUGUAUAGUUGGAACUACAUUUUCUACUUGAAACAUGAAAAAGAUGAAAAACAUUAAAUGCUUUUGUGUUUUUAGCUGUUUUAUAUAUUCUAAAUGUAGCGUAAUGUAUUUUUACCUUCCAAGUGGUACUAAAUUUUGAUUUAAGUAAUUUCAGCUUAGUUUUAAAAGGAAAUAGCCUGCACUGAUGCCCUGAAAUUUAUUUGCAGUUACUUAGGUAAUACACUUGUAAAAAGUCAUGUUUUAGGGUCAUAACUUGGUUAGAGCACUUUUGUGAUCUGAACUAUGAGGCAUUAAGCACUAGGGUGUCUGUACUAUAUUAAUCUAUAGUCACCACUUGUUUUAAAGUAUUUAUUUUUUUAAAGUCUGUCUUCAGAGUACAUCCAGUGUGAUUAACUGUUCCUUUAAUAAAAAUCAUUCCACAUCUUAACAAAUUCAGUAUCUAAGUACAUCUUCAUGAAUGAACUUGGGGACAAAUGAAGGGAAAAAAUUUUGAAAAACAGACCACAAAACACAAAAUAUAGGUUUAAUUACUACUUUUCACCUUUAAAAAAACUAUAAAGAAAACAAAUAUAAGUACUCAGUAAGAUUUGCUAUUCUGAAUGAUGUAACAUCUUUUCUUAAGUUCCAUAGACAUAGAAGUUUUAGAACACAGACAUGAAAAGCUAGUUUCCUUGGAAAUGAUGACCUUGGAUAAUACAGUCACUUGAUGACAGAGCUGAACUUUUCUUACAGUUAAGAUUUUAACAAAUGACUUUACCAUUAAUAAAAAUUGGCAAAGUGUGAAUGACAACUUCUGGAGGUAAAAGAAUGAAAUUAACUUCAGGUAAUCACUGGAUACUGCAGAAAUGAGGUUUGCUUAUUUUUUAGAAGUCAGAACAAAGUAAAUGAGUAUUUUGUGAGGUACAAGGAAAGCUUUAUAUAAUGUAAGUACGCAAACAUAAGCAUAACAUUUGUAACUAAUCACAACCAUGAAAGACGAUUAUACCUGAACACCAUAUUGCUACUAGUGGACAAAGCAGAAUUUGUCUCCAAAGUACUGUUGCACAGAUGAGCAAUGUUAGUAUAAAUUCUUAUUUACAUUGAGAUCUGUUUCAGUUUGCUGGUGUACCCGAACCUUAGAAGGUAAUUCCAAAGAUAAAGUAGAACAUAAGAGCAGAUACUUAGAUAUUAGGUAAAGGCUCAAUUGUAUGCAAUGAUAAGCCUUCUGGAUGUUUUCUAAAGUUACGAAACCGUUUUAGGUAGUAUUCUGGUAAUCUUCAAAAAGUAAACCAUUAUAUUAGAUGUUAUUACCAUCUCAAUGUAUGAAAACACCAUAAAUAUAAACACAUUUUAGACAGAAGACAUCCUAAGUCAUGCUGUUUGAUUUUAUAUUAAAAAAAAAAAAACCGCAAUAGAACUUCUCACCUUUAAAA